CCGCGAUGAGGAGCGGAGUGAUGCUGCCGCUACUGCUGCUUGGCCUUUUCGGGGCCACCACCGGGGCCCCUCAGUGGACCCACUCGGUGCAGUUGUCACCCGAGUACACCCUUUUCUGGAGCCCCGACGAGCACUGGAUCUCGUUCAAAGUCGAGGUGCGCACCUUGGGCUUUGUCGGUCUUGGUUUUUCGCCAAACGGAGGCAUGGCCCACGCGGACAUCGUCAUGGUGUGGGUGGACGACACCACUGGACAGGCACACAUUGGGGACUACCAUUCGACACACAACGGAAUUCCUCGGAGGGACGAGCUGCAGGACGUAGAACUCCUGGGCGCCGAGCAGAACGGAACUCACACAAUCGCGAGGUUCAGAAGAAAAUGGAUAACGUGCGACCAGUUUUACGACUUUGGUCUAGGGGAAGAUACGGUUAGAUUGAUUUGGGCCUUCGGUCCGAAUGAUCCUGCCGACGGCGUUGACCCUGUCACUUGGCAUGGUAAGCAAACCAGAGGCACCAGAAGCGUCUACCUCAAGGCAAAGCAACUUCCCAAGAAGAAGAAAACGCACCACCAAAGAUCGGUGCGGCACUGGGACGUCAGAAUGAGCAACCUCUUGAUUCCUGACAACAUGGACACGAGAUAUUGGUGCAAAAUCUUCAAACUGCCUGGUUUAGGGAAAAAACAUCACAUGAUUGGGUACACUCCACUGCUUGACACUCGAAAUAAGGGCGCGGUGCACCACAUGAUCUUGUACGAAUGCGUUCACUCGAGGGCCCAAGACAUCUUUGCUCGUUAUGUUGCCCACGAGGGAGCGGCUUGUUACUCGCCCAAAAUGCCUGUUGAUUGGGAAAACUGCCUCACACCAAUUGUAGCCUGGGCCAUUGGAUCAGAAGGAGAGUUCCUUCCUGAGCACGUUGGACUUCCCUUGUCUGACACCAUUUACCCCAACCAAGACACAUUUUUCAUGCUGGAAGUGCAUUAUGACAACCCGACAUUCAAAAAUUCACGCGACAAUUCGGGCAUCCGAGUGCACUUCACGGAGGAGUUGCGCCAAUACGACGGGGGAGUGAUGACUGUAGGCACCGCCGUCACUCCACUGCAUUUGAUUCCGCCUCGACAGCCCAUGUACUCCACCGCUGGCUACUGCACUGACGAGUGCACUUCCAAGAUGCUGCCAGACACGGGCAUCAAAGUUGUGUCCGUGGUGCUGCACUCCCACCUGGCUGGAAGGAACAUGCGCCUCCGACAAAUUCGAAAUGGAAAAGAACUGGCUCCAAUUGUUGAGGACGCACAGUAUGACUUCAACUACCAACAAGCCCGCAUUCUGAAAGAAGAGGUGCCUAUUCUUCAAGGCGACGAACUGAUCAUGGAGUGUGGUUAUGAAACCACCAACAGAACUGAACCAACCUUUGGUGGUUAUUCAACCAAAGAAGAGAUGUGCCUUGCGUUUGUGCUUCACUACCCUCAAACAGCCCUUGCCGGCUGCUACAGCAUGACCCCUGUCAAGUCAUUCUUCUCGAUUUUGGGCGUCAAGGAGUUCUACAACACGGACAUGGCCAACAUUGAGAAAAUGCUGCUGCACACGAGGGACGAGGAUAACAUUUGGCGCCCGAAACCUUCUCCUGUGACGCCUCCCUCCCCCGGCACCCCCUUCCCUGACUAUCCUCCAGAGGGUGGUCACAUUGACGACGAAGCAAACCAGAAGGCCAUCAUGGCCCUGAAGAACAUGAAGCCGUUCACCAUCGAACCUGCCGAGGGAGCCGGCGAUGUGACUGGAAUCUUUGACGAGCUGACCAUCAGACUGCCUUUGGAAUUCCAGAACAGGAGUUUCCUGGCCCACCUGAUUGAGCUGCCCUGGGCCGAGAGACUCCUCACUCAGAGAAUUGAGGAGUCCUUUUACAAAGGGCAGCACCUGACUUUCUGUCGGAGGAAAGAUGACGCCCUUGCAUUUUUGCCUAAAAUUCGGUCAUUCCCGAAUAUAACUCAGCUGCACCAACCACCAGAGCCUGUUAGGGAUGUUAACUGUCCUGUGCGCAGAGGAGCGCAAUUGGGGAGAUUUUCACCUAGCAGUGGCCCUAAGCAUGAGCCAACCCUGAUAAGCUUGGCCUUUGUAGCAUCAUUUGUCCUGCACUGUACAUUUUGAAGACUUUUGAAUUUUUGUCUCUGUAUUGAGAUAAUCAAUAUUACUCAUUUUUUUUCUUCGCGCCAACGACGACUAUUUUAACUUAUUGACUUUUUGUUAGGUUGUGAUUGUCAAGAUGGAUUAUUGUAAUUUUUGAUGCGCGCGUACAUGACAUUGAAUUAUUUCCUCAUACAAAUAUGAAUAAGUCAUCCAACCGUUGAAUGAGAUGACACGCUUGUUACCAAUGCUGGAUGGACGAAUGAAUGUUGCUGAUUAACAUUAAGUAAAAUGAUUGUGAUAUAUCUUUUUGGUAACAUGACGGCAGUAAAGUGCAGUCCUGAAUUACUCGAAACUUACGAAUGCACUCAUUCAAAUGCCAGUCUAGUGCAUUUCCUUAAUUGUAAUAGCAAGUAAGUAGCAUUACUUAAAUAUUUCCGCUUGCGCACAUUUUCCUUUCAUAUCAGCUGACUUAAAAAUUGUACAUAAAUUCAUUUCAAUCAAAACUCAUUGGAACCCAUUUCAUUAUUUUCAUUUGUAAUUUAAUUACAAAUCCUUUCUGUCGGCUUAGUAUUGGAUUUUGCUAUUAUUAGUUAGCUGAUAUAUUUUCCCCUAGUCUCAUUCAAAGUAAUGCAAAAAAAAAUUAUAAACUAUUAAUCGAACAGGUUUUGUGCCUGGUUAAAAGCUUUCGUUUUGAUCUUACGUCAUCCCAAAUUUUAAAAUGUCCCAAAUUUUGUAAAUUUUUAAUUUUAGGAAUCUCUCUUUUUGUAUAAUUUUUUUUUUUAAUCUUUUUCUCUGUACAUAUAAUCUGAAGUAGUGUUAAUUUUGUAAUAAAAUGAACUUCUGCUGUAAA